AUGCCCAAAGAAGUCCAAACCAUCGAUGGCGGCAAAGCUUGGUAUAAAUGCAAACCUGGACCCAUGGUUCUGGGUGAAGCACCGAUAUACCGCGCAAGUGAUAACACUCUACAUUGGGUUGAUCCAUUGAAGGAGCCUCCUGAGCUUCACAUCCUACAUGUCGAUCCCGAAACCGGAAACCCAAAACGCGAAGCUCGAGUUUUGGUCCUCGAGGACUCGGUCACGGUUCAGUAUUUCCGGAAGGACAUACCCGGCAGCUACAUUUGUGCUUAUUAUCAAGGAGUGGCCUUUAUGGACGAGGAGACUGGAAAAUUAGAGGUUGUGAAGGAGAUUAUUCCCAAGGAAGAGAGGGGAGAGAGGAGAUUCAAUGAUGGAGGUGUUGAUGCUAAGGGAAGAUUUUGGUUGGCCGAGAUUGACAAGAAGGCGAUGAUAUAUGGUGCUGGCAACCUUCCAGAGAGUUAUGGGACGCCUCGAGGAAGAUUAUGGAGAUACGACCCUGAUGGAAGUUUGCAUGAGAUGGCGAGUGGCUUCGUAUGUGGGAACGCAGUCGAUUGGAGUCGAGACAACAAGAUAUUCUACAUAAACGACAGUGUUGGACAGAAGGUUUACAGCUUUGAUUUUGACCUCGAGAGCGGCUCGAUCUCCAAUAGGAAACUUCUUGUCGACAUGGCGGGAACUGUAGGAGAACCAGACGGCAUGGUCAUCUCCACGGAUGGCAGCCUCCACAUUGCUGUUUAUGGCACAAACACACUCAUGGUAUUCGACCCAGCUGGUAAACACUUGAAGAGUAUAAAGUUCUCAGGGAAGAACUUGACGUGCCCAACAUGGGGUGGUAAAGACCAUGAUAUGCUCUUCAUUACAUCAGCGAGACAAGGGGCUGGGGAUGAUACUGGACUUGAUGAAGGCGGCAAUAUUUUCAGUCACAAGGUUGGGGAUGGAGUAAAGGGACUAGCAAAGAAUGAGUUCGGAGGAUAA